GCUAAAGAGUAACAUUUCGUCCUUAACAAAAAUAAGGCUGUUCCGGACCGCAACGCACCGCUUCCCACGUUUCUUCAUUACCACAUUCCUUUCCUUCUUACCACCAUCUCCUCGAUGCAGCUUCAGGAUACCACUGAUACAACCACCCUCAGUUAUUGGUUAAAUUGGAGGGUCUAUCUGUGUGCAGUUUGUGUUUUUCUGUCUAUGGUCCUUGCUUUUCUUGUAAUAUGGAGGCAUGAACGUUCAAGGAAAUUCACAUCUGGCAAAGGAGAAAAUGAGCAAGACAGGACUUUGUCUGGUGAUGAAACAUGGAAACCAUGCCUGAAAGAAAUUCACCCAGUUUGCUUGCUAGCUUUUCGAGUGCUUGCAUUCUCUUCUCUUUCGGCAUCUCUAGUUGCCAAAAUUCAUAUUAAUGGUGGCUCUAUAUUUUAUUAUUACACUCAAUGGACCUUCACUCUGGUUACAAUUUAUUUUGGGUGUGCAUCUAUGCUAUCAGUGUAUGGGUGUUAUCAGCAUAAAAAAUCAAGCACUACGUAUAAUGUUAAUAUUGCUAGAAUAGAUGCAGAGCAAGGGCCAUACAUGCCUCUCUUACACCAGAAUACUACAAGCCAGUCUAGAAUGGAACACCUUGAUGAUCCCCAUGUUCAAAUACAUAAGAAUCAAGUUUCACCCAUCUGGAGUUAUAUUUUUCAAAUUUUAUUCCAGAUGAAUGCAGGGGCAGUGAUGCUUACGGAUUGUGUUUAUUGGAUCAUUAUAUUUCCAUUUCUUACCCUGAGGGAUUACAACUUUAACUUUAUGACAGUGAACAUGCAUACACUAAAUGUUGUUUUGCUCCUUGGAGAUGCGACUUUGAAUUGUCUGCAAAUACAAUGGUUUGGGAUGUCCUUCUUCGUGAUAUGGACAAGUAUAUAUGUCCUUUUUCAGUGGAUUAUUCAUGCAUUCGUCUCAAUUUGGUGGCCGUACCCAUUUCUUGAUUUGUCAUCAACCUAUGCUCCGUUGUGGUACUUGUUGGUUGCAUUGUUGCAUAUUCCAUGUUAUGCCUUCUUUAAGCUUAUUGUAGAAAUGAAACAUUAUUUCUUGUCAAAAUGGUUUCCUUCUUCGUAUUCUUGCUAAGAAUUCAGUGGUAUGAGUGUUGGAUCCCUUUAGAUCCAAAAGUAGUUUGGCCUGCACCGAAAAUGCAAUUGGCUCUCCCAACUACAAAGUGGAUGGUUGAAUUAUGUUACAUGCUCAUUGCUCAACCAAAUUACUGAGAUCCGGUUCGCAAUCUGAAGUUUCUAGUACUGACUUUACUUCUGCUACCAUUCAAUUUCUUCACAAAGGAAAAGGGAAGAGGGAUUUGUCUAGGAGCAAAUAGAGGAAGGAGUUCUUUAUUUUAUGUUACUGUGGUUCCUAUUCCUCAAUAGUUGGAAUCAGGUUUGCUGAGGGAAUUAUCAAAAUACCCAUCAACCAUGAAGUCGGACAGGUGUGGAUCUGUGUUCGAUAUCAUGAG